AUGAGGUUCUAUGGUCAGGAGGCUCAGGAGAUUCAGGCACGCAAAGCCUUGAUUAGUCUCAGUACUUGCGUGACCUACAUGAGGCAUUACGCAACUGACUGUCCGUCAUAUGGCAUCACGAAGCUUGCUGGUACAGACUGUCUUCGACGGCUGGCGCUUGAGGUUGGGUCGAAAGAAAUGUAG